ACACAUAAUCAAAUAAACAGGUAUAAAAGAAACAACGCAGGGAUUAUCUGGUUAGUACAGAUUGCACCUGCAGUCCUUUCAUACCAAUAUAGAACAUAACCUAACUUUAACAUUAUAAAAAUGGUAUUUAAAAUGCAAUCAAACUGUAAACUGCAUCUUUACAUCUUUGUCUUGGCUGUGACGAUGAGUUUGAAGACAUUUGCGUUUCCUGCUGCUCCUGAAGACGAUCGUUAUGUUGACAGAGAAUUUGCUUCGCCUGGUGGUCAUCAAUUAGCAAGCUGGUUGAUUUCUAAGCUUCGCAAGGCUGAAGAUUUUCUUCCCCUGCAAGAAACACCUACAAAUAUUGUACAUCAACCACCUUAUCGUUUGCCAUUGGCAGGAAAACGUAAUUCUGAGUUGACUAGUGUCAUGAUGGGAUUUCCAAAGUCCAUGAUGGAUAACGGACGUUAAAUUGACUAAAUUAAUUAUUACGCAUGCGCUAGACGUAAGUUUCGAUUAUAAUUCUUUGCCCGGUUUGUAAGUAGUGUCACAAUUUGUAUCGUGUAUGUCGUGUGCAAUAAAUAAAACAAAAAAACUUGUUCCACGUCA